UAAUUUAUUAAGUGACUUAGAGACCAUAAAAAGCAGAGAGAAACGUUUACUGCGCGUCAUGUAAGAAGAACCAACCACGCUUCCCACCUGUGUUCCUCCUCCAGUGUUUUUGCGCGCAGCGGAGCGCGCAGAGAUGGGAGCGCUGCGCCCGGAGCUUGGCUCUCUGCAGCGGCUCUGCCUCGGCUUCCUCCUCCUGCUGGGCUUCUCUGUGUCCAGCUCGGCGGCCUGGGACCUGGUUCUCCUCCACACUAACGACGUACACGCCCGGGUGGAGGAGACCAGCGAGCACUCCGGGAAAUGCGGCGGCGGCGGCAGCGGCGGGUGUUUCGCCGGGGUCGCCCGGAGAGCCACGAUGAUACAGAGGAUCCGAAACUCCAUCAGCAACGUGCUCCUCCUGGACGCCGGAGACCAGUUCCAGGGGACCGUCUGGUUCAAUUACUACAAGGGCGCCGAGGCUGCGCAUUUUAUGAACAAGCUGGGUUAUGAUGCCAUGGUUUUCGGAAAUCAUGAGUUUGACAACGGAGUGGAAGGACUCAUGAAGCCGUUCAUGGAGAAGAUCGGGUGUGUUGUUCUCAGCGCUAACAUCAAGGCAGACAAAACUCUGGCCGCAACAUUUGGCAACUCUUACUCGCCUUACAAGAUAUUUAAUGUUGGCGGUGAGAAGGUGGGCGUGGUGGGAUACACAUCUCGGGAAACUCCUGCUCUGUCCAAACCUGGACCACACCUGCGCUUCGAGGACGAGGUGAGCGCCGUGCAGCUGCAGGUGGACAAACUGCAGACGCUGGGAGUCAAUAAGAUCAUCGCUCUGGGUCACUCGGGCUUCACUGUGGAUAAGGAGAUCGCCAAGAAGGUGCGCGGAGUCGACGUGGUCAUCGGGGGACACAGCAACACUUUCCUCUUUACAGGACCACCUCCUUCCUCUGAGGUCCAGGUGGGUGAUUAUCCGUUCAUGGUGAAAUCAGAGGACGGGCGGCAGGUUCCUGUUGUGCAGGCCUACGCCUUUGGAAAAUAUCUGGGUAAUCUGAUGGUGACCUUUGACCAUGCUGGCAAUGUAGUGAAGUCCAGUGGAAACCCCAUCCUGCUGGACAGCAGCGUCCCACAGGAUCCAGAAAUUCUCGCCGAUGUGGAGGAAUGGAAAAAGAAUCUGGCCAACUACUCGGCUCAGGAGGUGGGAAAGACUCUGGUCUUCCUGAACGGGACCACCCAAGAGUGUCGAUUUCGGGAAUGCAACCUGGGAAGCCUCAUCUGUGAUGCCAUGAUCGACCACAACAUCAAAUUCUCAGCUGACGGCCAGUGGAACCACAUCAGCGCCUGCAUCUUAAACGGAGGAGGCGUCCGCACGUCUAUCGAUGAACGCACCAGGAACGGUUCGAUCACCAUGGAGGACCUGAUCUCCGUCCUACCUUUCGGAGGAACCAUUGACCUGGUGCAGCUGAAGGGCUCCACGCUGAGGAAAGCUUUCGAACACUCAGUGUGGCGAUACGGCCAAAGCAGCGGGGAAUUCCUUCAAGUGUCCGGAUUUCGUGUAGAGUUUGACAUCUCCAAACCUCCGGGGCGUCGCGUGAAGAGCCUCCGCAUCCUCUGCACGAAAUGUCGAGUUCCUCACUACGAACCCGUCGAGGACGAGACGGUUUAUAAAGUGGUGCUGCCGUCCUACAUGGUGAAUGGUGGAGACGGAUUCUCCGUGAUCAAGGACGAGACGCUCAAACACAACAGCGGUGAUUUGGACAUUUCAGUCGUGUCCAACUACAUCACACAAAGAAAGAAAGUUUAUCCGUCUGUCGAAGGACGCAUCAAGAUCUACAACUCAGCUUCUGGACUGCGGGGACAAACCGCUUCACUGGUAUUACUGGUUUCACUGGGGCUGCUCUGGACUCUGUGUGGGAGCGUUUAAGACUGACUUUACCCAGAAACAAGGACCGACAAACAAACUGCAAUCCUGCGGGACCGAAAAUCUCACUUCACAGAAAUAUGACUUUACUUUUGAUUCUGGCGUGGUGGCAAUGGAGCAGUGGAUAAGACACAUGCCUUUAGUAUGAGAUGCCUGGGUUUGAUUACCACUGUGACACAUCCAACAAUGUGUCCCUGAGCAAGACACUUAACCCCUUGUUGCUCCAGAGAUGUGUGACCUCUGACUUAUAUACAGCGAUUGUGAGUUGCUUUGGAUAAAAGCGUCAUGUAUUGUUUUUUUUCAAAAACAGAAGGUGUAAGCUCUGGCAGCCAAAUUCCCAAAAACAAUCUGGUUGGUAGUGUCUUGGACUAAGUUUGGACAAAACGGCAAAAACAACGACCACAAGAUUGUCUCCUUCACACUACGUCUCCAGUGCUAGUUUGAAAAUAAUAAAGCAUCACUAAACUAUUUCGGCUUUAAACAAAGCACCUCAAUCCGUGUCUGGCUCAUUCUUUGAUUAUUUCGUUUCAAAACCAAAUUGGAAAAACAAAAAAAAAAGUUGUUUUUUAAGUGAGCACUAUAUUAUAGCCACAUACGAAAAAAGAAAUUAAAGAAAAUGUAGGAUCGCGCCAAGCUGGUUUCAAACUCGCUUGAGCAAAAACAAUUUCUCAUUGAUUUGGUUUUGAAACUGAAUAAUCAAAGAACGAACCAUACACGGAUUCACCUCCCAUACCCAUAUUUUUACGGCCCAGAUGCUGGCAGUAGCCGCUAUCCAAACCACAUGGUACACCUGUGUUUUUCUACAGUUUUAGCAGGACACUGAAUGUUUGAAGACAUAAAUAACAGCAGUCUGAUGGGUAAUCAUUGAGCCUUUGGUGUAGGGAUGGGGAUCGAGACCCGGUUCCAAAUUUUCUCAAAACCCGAAAAUCAAUAAGGUUCGAGCUUAUCGAGACGUGCGGGCUAUGAUGUAACGUUAUGUCUCGAGCGUCAAAUGUGAUUUAAUUUGAAACGCAAUGGAUAAGAAAAUCAUCAGGCUGCAGUCUGCCUGCUCCCACACACACACACAGCGGCAGCCGAGCGAGAGGCGGCGCCGCCGCGGUGGAAUACGGUGAGCUUAGCUUAACUUAGCUCCAAACUACUGUAACGUUAGCUGAUGACAGCUACGCUCGUUACUGUAAGUCCGUGCAAUAAAACCUUUGCAAGUAUAAAGACAAUACUUUAUCAAUCCACCUGUCUGUAAGGUAACGUUAAACAUGUAGAAAUGGUUAAUUUAAACAUCUCUGUCCUCAGUAUCUCAUCCUGUAUGUUUUAUACAAGCACAGCUAACGCUAACUUGCCAUUAGCCAACAAGCUGAAUAGAAAGCUGUCUGUCUGGAGCACAGACGGGUCUGUAGUCUUAAAAACUCAGCUGCUGGCUGUGACAAACCAGACGCUCCUCUUCUUACCUGUAACGUUACCUGCAGCCAGCGAGAGAGGAGGAGGGACUGAUACAGACUGAUGUUGUUCUUACUAAACGUCACUCACUACUUGUGAUGUCAGAUAAAGUUA